AUGAAUUCGCCAUCUGGUCGUCAUGCAGCAACCCAUCGCGCGGCAAUCGUCGUCGUCUUUGUCUGCAGCACCAUAUUAGUCCUACUAUUGUGGGGUGUUGGCGAUGUCAAAAAUUUGAUUGGUAAUGGCAUCGAGUCGCAUAAAGAUGUCGGCGACAAGGGCGUAGCAAGCCUGGAUGUUUACAUCCCGCCAGGGAGAACAGACGAUUCCUAUCAAAAUGUGGAUAUUCAAUUCGAUGGCCAACGUCUUGCUUUCACAUUGGAAACUUCUUCAGCGGACAACUUUGUCGCUUCGGAGGAAUGCGACACGGUCGACCGCACGAGUGGUUGCUACCAGUUGGAGAAAUCAUACCACAUCAACGACAAAACUACUUUUCUCUCGGGCGACGGAUUCGACACUUUCCUUGGGAAGGGGCGAGUGAUAGGAAAUCUUUCUUCCAUCUCUGUCUCAUUAGGCAGUUUGUAUGUUGAAAACGCCACUACUGCAUUGAUUAAUAAUGCUACAAUUGAUGAGUUUCAGAACGGUUCCUUCUCAGGUGUCCUUGGGCUUGGUCUGCGCACCACUUCUCAGCAGUGGCUCAAGUAUGGAAGACUACCAAUCGUUGAUACCCUGAUAUCCCAAAAUGUGUUGAAACAACCUGUAUUUUCACUUCGGUCACCACGAUAUGGAGAUCCGGAACAACAUACAGGGAGACUGACGUUAGGAGCCAUUGAGAGUGUUCCGCAGUCUAUAAAUAUCACGUACCGAGAUGUUGUUCCGUUCUCAAGAAACGAGCAUCGUCUCGAUCAUCUUGAAACAAUCGCCUGGUCGACCAUCCUCGAGGGUCUCCGAAUCAACAGUGUAGAGAUAUCAGUCACGCCAGGUCGUCUCCGUUCCGAUCACCAGCACGUAUCUGUUUUGGAUUCUGGCUCUUCCUAUAUCUAUCUUCGUAAUCGAGAUUUCUACACGAUAGUUGAGUACCUGCAUGGUGCAACUGCCACUGAAACGCAUCCCAAUGGCGAUAAAAUCUAUGUCGAGUGCGAUCAGCCCCAACUUCUGGAGUUCAAAUUUCACGAUAGGUGGUUUCUUAUCGAUCCUUUAGAUAUGCUCCUCGCGGGCUCACGGCAACUAAUCAAUGGCACAGUGAUGUGCGAAGCAAAUCUUCGAACAUGGGAAUUUUCAACGUUUGGUGACUCAAUCAUGGGCCUACCCUUCCUACGAUCCGCAUUUGUGGUUUUUGAUUACGUAUCUGCGGACAUGUACUCGACUUCGCCACGACUUGGAAUUGCGAGCAUGGUCGACAAAGACAUGGCGAUGAAGCGCUACGCAGCUCUGUACUCGAACAGACUUCAACAGAUUGACUCGGUUGACAACAAAGCCGCUCUAUAA